AUUACGUCAAUAUUGGAUUGCAGUAACCGCAUUUUUGUAAAAUUAUUAAAUUUUCCUCUAGAUUAACGUUGUUUGUUGAACAUCCUAAACCAAGUAGUUAAACCUUACUGAAUACACGGUGUGGGCAUGAGUAUCAGUGACCAAAGUGAGGAUGGGCAGCUUAUCAGUCCCGAACGUUUCGAUGGCGGCGAGGAGGAAACAACUGAUUCGCUCGACAUCAAACCUCCACAAGCUUCAACUGCUGGGUAUUAUUCAAAGAGGAAAGAAAAAAAAUCGAAACAUUCUAAGGAACAUCACCGGCAUGCCUCAUCUGGGGGACGAGAGCAUUAUCAAAAUUCCCGACAGGAUUACCGAGGCCACCGAGAACGGGAAAGGGAACGCUAUCAUCAUGGACGUGGACGGGAACAUGGUCAUGAGAAGGAACGUUAUCACUCUUCAUCGGGAGGUCAUCAUUCGAGAGAUGUACGGUACGAGAUGAAUCCGUUCUACGGGGAGGUUCGGGAAACAUACCACAGUAAAAAAGAACGAGAUCGAAAUCGCGAAUAUUAUGAGAAGGAUCGCAGAAAAGAAGCAGAACUGCCAGAUGCGGAUAAGUUACUUGAGGAUCUGAGAACACGUUUACUGCACAAGAAGAGCCGGUAUGAUUCCUCCAAACAGUAUCACGAUCAAACUCAACAGCUUCAAAUGCUGCAGGCUCAACAACAGCAGCAGUUUGAAACAGAAAGCCGAAGAGAGAAAAAGCACCGGCAUCGGCAUCAUGAACGGAAGGAACAACCUAGAAUGGAAUAUGUUGAGAUCUUGGAAAGUCCAGAAUAUGAACCAGAAAAAUCAGCCGAACUGAAGAGUAAAGAGCAAAACGAACGGAGAGCAAAACUCUUGGAAGCCGAAAGGCAAAUGUCUCGCAGGAAGGAAGCUGCACGAGAUGAGCUAGAAAUUAGACGUCUUAUGAGACUUGAACGUUUGAAUAACGAAUCACCGGAGGAUACAAUAGCUCAAAAGCAUUCCCAACAACAGGAAGAACAAGACGAGGAUAUGGAGAGCACUGAUGAAGAGAAAAGAAAAAGAAAGAAAAAGUCUAAAAAGCAGAUGGAUUCCGAUCGGUCGGAAAAAAUGGUUAUCUCAGACGAUGGUGCAGAAGACGACACUAUUUCCGACAGUUUAUCUUCCACCAGUGAUUCGGACGAUUCUCAAGACGGUUCGGAUGAAGAUGAAAAGCCUCCUGCUAGCCCAUUAUCCGUAGGGGAUUUGGUCAAGUCGGACCGAAGGCAAAGAAGUGAUUCACGAUCUCGCUCUGGGUCCAGAUAUCGUUCUAGGUCACGAUCAACUCGCUCACGGUCUGGGUCAGCGUCGAGUCGUAGCAGAUCACGAAGUCCCCAACGACGGCAUGAAAGCAGCCGCAGUAUUUCUCCAAAAUCAGAACCAAGUAAAGAUGAAACACAACCUAAAUCGAAGGAAAAGGAAGAACCGAAGCCGUCACCAGUUGAAGUGGAAAAACAAAGUCUUCCGCCGUAUUAUCCUGGCAUUCAGGGAUGUCGUUCGGUAGAAGAGUUCCAGUGUCUGAAUCGCAUUGAAGAAGGUACCUAUGGGGUGGUUUAUCGAGCCAAAGAUAAACGAACUGAGGAAAUCGUUGCACUCAAACGGCUCAAGAUGGAGAAAGAAAAGGAAGGCUUUCCGAUUACUUCUCUUAGGGAAAUUAAUACAUUGCUCAAAGGACAGCAUCCUAAUAUUGUAACGGUUAGGGAAAUUGUUGUUGGAAGCAACAUGGAUAAGAUAUUCAUUGUUAUGGAUUACGUUGAACACGAUUUAAAAUCACUGAUGGAAACUAUGAAACACAAGAAGCAAGUGUUUUUACCAGGAGAAGUAAAAUGUCUCACUCAGCAAUUAUUGCGCGCAGUGGCCCACCUGCACGAUAACUGGAUUCUUCAUCGGGAUUUGAAAACUUCUAAUUUAUUACUUUCUCAUAAAGGAAUUCUAAAGGUUGGAGAUUUCGGGCUAGCCCGAGAAUACGGAUCGCCCCUGAAAGCAUACACUUCUAUCGUGGUAACUUUAUGGUAUCGUGCUCCGGAGCUUCUGCUUUGUUGCAAAGAAUAUUCUACGCCAAUAGACAUUUGGUCUGUGGGUUGCAUAUUUGCCGAGUUUCUUGCGAUGGGCGCUCUUUUCCCGGGCAAAACAGAAAUCGAUCAAUUGAACCGAAUCUUUAAGGAACUGGGCACACCUAACGAGAAAAUUUGGCCGGGAUACAAUCAGUUGCCGGCCGUACAAAAGAUGACUUUUACCGAAUAUCCUGUGUCGAAUUUGCGCAAACGUUUCGCUCAUCAAACCAGCGAACUGGGAAUUGCUCUCCUGCAAGGCUUGUUGACAUUCGAUCCAAAGCAACGGUUCACAGCAGAAGCAGCUAUGAAACAUAGCUACUUCAAGGAGUUACCGCUUCCUAUCGAUCCCGCCAUGUUCCCUACGUGGCCUGCAAAGAGUGAACUAGGGCUAAAAAGGGCUCUGGCAUCCAGCCCGAAACCACCUAGCGGCGGAGGUGAAUUCAAAAAGUUGGGAGAUGACACCGUUGCUGAAAAUCCUGGUUUUCAUCUGGGUGGAAAUUAUCAAGAGUCCCGACAGAUGGCGAUGGGUCCCGGUUUUAGUUUAAAGUUUUGAUGAAGAAGCUAAUAUUUCCCUGCUUUGACCAAUUUUGGCAGGUUUCGGAGUAUGAAAAUAACGCGAUGGAAACUCAUCCAAAAAUUAAUCAGAAUUUUCAACUGUUAUCUCUUGUUCGCUGUCACUGAAUGCUUCGAAAAGAGAAUUGCAGAUAAAGGAUGAUGAUCGCAUACCGUGAAGCCGUGGUUAGCAAACUAAACUAUUGUGAAUGCGUGAUCGGUGUAAAGUGUUUUAUUAUCUGCGCUUAUCUAAUGGAUUGCAUUUGAGAACUGUCCUCUUCUGAAGCCAUGUUUAUCAAACAUCGUGACUUCGCACAGUGGUUUGAAUCGACUAAAACGUGAACCUAAUUCUCUAGUUGCUAAACCGUUGAUCCGAUAUACAUAGUUUCUUUGGAGAACUCAUUCACAAAAAUAUGAACGAUGAUUUGAUCAUAAUAAAAAAUGUGCAAAGCCUAAUACGAUAAAA